UUAAAACGAGAAAAAUAUAAAAAGAGUGCUGACGUAUACUCUUUGGCUAUAACCAUGUUCGAGUGUAUUUCAUGGAGUUAUGCAUAUUCCUACGAUAAAUUUAAAUUUCCUUGGUCAAUUGCAGAGUUUGUGAUUAAAGGGUCACGAUUACCAAAGCCGGAUGAGAUGAAUCAAGAUAUAUAUGAUAUUAUCUGUGGUUGUUGGGAUAAUGAACCCACAAAAAGAAGUUCGUCAGAAAAUGUCAAAUACAAGCUCGAAACUUUAUUUAACACUCAAAUGGCCUAA